UAAUUGUCUCGACAGUGACUAACAAAGAAUAUAUUUUUAAAAAAUGAAGAAAUUUUUCAUCUUAGCUUGUUUUAUCGUGGCUGCAAAUGCGCUCUCAAAAGAGUUCAUUGAGAAAUGUAUGGCAAAGAUGCACGCAAUCGGUGCCAAAUGCGCCGCAGAAACGGGUGCUUCUAAUGAUGAUAUAGCAGAAUUGAUUGCCCACAAAAUUCCCGGCUCCCACGAAGGAAAGUGCACCAUCUACUGUUUCCAUAAAGCUUGGGGAAUGCAAAAUGAAGAUGGGUCACCAAAUUUGGAAAAGGCCAUCCAAUCCAUGGAUGCGUUGAAAGCUGAAGAUGCAGAUGUUUAUGGAAAAGUCAAAACCGCUUUCGAAACAUGCCUACCCAGUGUUGCUAUCGAUGCUGAUCCUUGUAUCACCGGUGCUAAUAUGGCUGUAUGUAUUAAAAGUGAAGGAGAAAAGAUGGGACUUACACGUGAAGCUUUCGAGAUUUAAUUUAAAAAACAAUAUUGAUAGUCAUGAUGAUACUGAUGUUUUUGUUGUAAUUUUAGAUACCUUUAAUAAAUUGAUUAACGUGUA